AUGCAACUCCGUGCCAGACGGAGCAGACCGGUCCGGAGCCGAAGGCCAGCGAAGAAAUGUCCCCGGCUCUCCACAGCGCAGUCGCAACUUCCACUUCUCCGAGUUCACAGACGCCCGGGAUUGGCGUCUAUCCUUACGCCCACUGUCCUCGUCCCGCCCACUGUCCCCUCCCACUGGGCCCAAGAUGGCGGUGCCUGUGCUCUCCAGGGCUGGAGCGAUGAGGGUGAGUGGGCGACACGGGAAGAGGCUGCGGAGCUGGGCCGCGGGGACGCUGGGCCCGCCUUCAGCCUUACGCCCCUUCCCCCACAGGUUCUGGCCGGGAACCUGAGGCACCUGUGCGCCUACCGCGCUCUGCACACCUCCGCGGCCUGCACUAAGAACCGGUCUGCCAGAGUGCGUGUGAGCAAGGGGGACAAGCCGGUGACCUACGAGGAGGCGCACGCCCCACAUUACAUCGCGCAUCGCAAAGGCUGGCUGUCUCUGCACACAGGUAACUUGGAUGGAGAGGACCACACUGCGGAACGAACAGUGGAGGAUGUCUUCCUCUGCAAGUUCAUGCUGGGCACUUUCCCAGGCUGCCUGGCUGACCAGUUGGUCCUAAAGCGCCGGGCUAACCAGAUUGAGAUCUGUGCCCUGGUGUUGAGGCACCUGCCUGCCCACAAGUUCUACUUUCUGGUGGGCUAUAGUGAAACUCUGCUGUCCCAUUUUUACAAAUGCCCUGUGCGCCUGCAUCUCCAAACUGUGCCCUCAAAGGUGGUAUAUAAGUACAUCUAG